UGGGGACCCGUACACGCGCUGUGUCUCUGCUAGUCCCGCUGUAGUGAAUCCGAAGAUGGCGGAAGCUCCUUUACAGACCUGCCGGUAUUUCUGCCACAGAUGUUCUGAAGAGAUUAGCCCUCGGCUGCCUGAUUACACCUGUCCGCGGUGUGAGUCUGGCUUCAUUGAAGAGUUACCAGAAAGAAGUACAGAGACCAGUUCCACAUCCACAUCAUCCACCAGCGCUCCGAACCGUCAUCCAUUUGAGAAUGCGGACCAGACCCUGCUGACAUUACCACACCCGUACGGCCAACUGGCUCUGAGCAUUUUCGGCGAGGGAAUUGAUCUCCAGGCGGGCAUGUCCCCCGAGGACUGGCGCGAUGGUGAGAACCGCCGGGAUCGGGAGAUGCCAUCACGCCAACGCUACGGGGCGAGACAACCUCAGGGACGACACGGUCUCCGGAGACAAACUCCACGGCCCGAAACAGUGCACACUUUAGAGGGGAUAGUUCAGCAGAUAGUAAACGGACUCAUCGCGCAACCUGCUAUGCCAUGGGGAAUGCUACAUUCAAAUCCAAUGGACUAUGCAUGGGGUGCCAACGGCUUAGACACCAUUAUAACACAGUUAUUAAAUCAAUUUGAGAAUACGGGUCCACCUCCUGCAGACAGAGAAAAGAUCAAAAAUCUCCCGACGAUUCAGAUCACAGAGGAGCAUGUGGGAUCUGGUGCAGAAUGUCCUGUGUGUAAAGAGGACUACACAGAGGGCGAGAACGUUCGACAACUUCCAUGCAAUCACCUCUAUCACAAUGACUGUAUAGUGCCCUGGCUUGAACAGCAUGACACGUGUCCAGUGUGCAGGAAGAGCUUGAGCGGCCAGAACACAGCCACAGAUCCCCCUGGCUUAUCAGGAAUUAACUUUUCAUCUUCAUCAUCAUCUUCCUCCUCCAGUUCCCCUAGUAACGAAAACGAUGCCAACAAUUCCUAAAAUACCCCACAACCCAUCCACAUGCGUGCACACACAAACAUGAACAGAAACAACAGCCCAUAACAUUUUAUUGUCUCAGUCAGAGAGGGCGUGGCCAAUCCUGUUAAAGCUCAAGCCCUCACACCAGUCUGAAUAAUGCAACCGUGAAGAACCAGGAUUGUUCUAGAUCACUAGUGGACAAACUGUCGCCCACAGGUCACAUAUGGCCAGUUAGGCUGGACUCAUUCUUUAUAUUUGCCAUUGCAUCCAUGGUCGCGCAUGAAUGUGCUGAACACAAAACUGCAGGCUAUUUUACAUUUUUAAGAACGUUUGGAGCGUUUGUAUAGUUUUUAAUGCUUUCAUUUAGCGCCAUACAGCCUCCACUUUCCAUUCAUCCUCAGCCAGGCUAAUACUUUACUUAUUUCAUUUUCAAUUUGUCAAUUCGGUGCAGAUGUUUUAUUUUUAUUCUUUUAACUUAAAAUAAGUUGAACAAUAUUUUUUUGUAAAUCAUAAUGAAUUAAAAAUCAGAAUGUACAUCAUCUGUCAGGAAAUUAGAAUGAUAAAGAAAAUUUUGCAUCAUGAAUAGUCACACUUUCACUUUAGUGGUUCUGCUAAAGGAUUUUAUCAUGACACACUUAAAUAGGCUUUUUAUAUAUAUAUAUUUUUUUGCCUUGUUGAAUUUCGCCUUGUUGAAUUUUUUUAAUCAGAUUGGUCUAUAGGUGGUGAAUAGUUUUGUAUAACAUCAGCUUUAAGUGUAGCCUCAGCUGUAAUUCUCAUCACAGGUUUAUACUAAUGGGCUACUGUUCUUAAGCUGACUUUGAGUCAUAAUUCAGAAAAGAAAAAGCAGUGCAAGGAAUCCCUCAACUCAGACAUCCUCUUGGGGAAACAUGUUAACAAGUUAACACCCUGCUCACAGCAUCAACAGUAAACAGAGUUACAAAGCUAUAUGUGAAAGAUCCAUUUGUCCAUGAAAUGUCGAAAGCCAUCAAAGCCGAAUUUACUUUAUUCUCGAGACAAAUAUCAAACGACGAUUAUUUCCCGACACUUUCAACGCUAAAAGGAGUCCCUCAACAUGUGAAGAAAUACAGCAAAUCAACAGAUGAUCUGCAUGGAAAAUUCCACCAUCAUUUCUCUGAUUUUGAAAAAAAGUUAAAAUAAAAAGUUUAGUGAGAAGUCACUUCAGCUGGUGUCAACAGUGCCACAGGAGUUGCAGUUGAAACUGAUAGGUCUUCAGUGUGAAUCGUUUCUUAAGGAGAAACUUAACUCCCUGAAACUGGAAAAGUUUUAUGCUUCUUUAAACGAAUCCAAGUAUCCAAACAUCCGGGAUAUGGCACAGAAGAUGUUGGUGGUGUUUGGCUCUACCUUUGUGUGCGUGCGUGUGUGUGUGAGCAGAUUCAGUGUGAUAAACAUUAAAAAAGCAUGCCACAGAUCCUACAGUACCUUUUAAAACUCGCCCUGGCCUUUUAAAUGACCAAUAAGUUUGCCCACCCCUGUUUUAGAUUGUUCUGGCAUUUCAGACUCGGUUCUGCUGUUACUGAGAAUGAGGUGAGGGCUGAGCUGAAACCUGAUCGACUAGAAUACACCCUUUAAGGCUAACACCCUAUUAACCUCAUCUUCAUCAUCAUCAUCAUCAUCAAUCUUUAUCAUCUGGCUUCCUGGAGCAAGCGCCAAAGGACAUGUUUAGAAGCGGAGGAGAGAAACCACAUUCACACAUGCACUCACCACCACCGUCAUCUGUAUUAAUUUUAUCUUUGAACUGGAGCAUGAUCGUUCCUCUUAUUUUAUUAUUAUUUUUUUUUAACAAAUACGACAAGCAGUCCUGUACAAACAGGGAUGGGGUUUUAAGUCAAAACCUGACUGGGGGGGCAAAUAAAGGGUGAAAAAAAAGGGAUGAACGAUGUUAGAUGUGUAAUGAACUCUUGCAGAUACACACAUUGUCAUGUCUGGCCAAUUACAGGAUUUGAAUGUCAUUUAAAUAGAGACCGUCCCAUUUCCAUAAAGAGAAAAAAACAUCAACUAGAACUUUUUUUUUUGCUUUAGGUUUUAUUAAAAUGAAUUUUUUAAUUUAUAUGUCAAUGGCCAAGAGGUGUGCUCUGUAUUUACACAUAUAGUGAUAUUUAUUGAGGUGAAAAAAAUGAGAGACAAGUGAACAUAACUCUCAGGUUUGUGUGAAGUAUUUGUUUGCAAAAUGUUGUUUCCCUUGUUUCCUAGUUUAGUUUCUAGGUUCUGAAUAGAACAAUGAACAUAAAUGUGUGCGAAUGCAGCUAGUAGUAUACUGUAUCUCAUAAUACACUCCUUUUUAAAAAGGAAGGAAAAUUGAACAUUUAUAAUAUUUAUAAUAAGGAUUAGAAAAGAUUAAACAAAAUGUGUAGAACCAAUGAAGCAGUAAAGUAGAAUAACUAUACGGAGUAACAAUAUCAAAGGUUGCAUUUUGUAAAAUAUGAGUGGUGAGUCAAGAAUUAUUCGCACUCUAGUUGUAGAAUUUAGUUCAAUUAACUUUUAGAAAAGACAAAGGCAUUAUAUUUAACAAUCUCCUUGCUUUUCAAUACACUGUAAAUCUGUCAACAAGCCUUU